AUGGAAAAUAUUUCGCCGGAAUCUUACGCUCAAGAUCCUAACAAGCCGGUAUCUUACCCUCGAGAUCCUAACAAGCCAUGGUCUAUAGCCGAUUUCGAGAUCGGGAGACCACUUGGUAAAGGCAAAUUCGGUAGAGUCUAUCUCGCUCGAGAAGUCAAGAGUAAAUUCGUGGUGGCGUUGAAAGUGAUAUUCAAGGAACAGAUUGAGAAGUAUAAAAUUCAACAUCAGCUUAGGAGAGAAAUGGAGAUUCAAACGAGUUUAAGGCAUCCGAAUAUACUGCGUCUCUAUGGUUGGUUCGAUGACGAUGAGAGGAUUUUCUUGAUUCUUGAGUAUGCUUAUGGUGGUGAGCUCUAUGGUUUGCUUAGAAAGAAUGGUCAUCUUACGGAACAAGCAGCAGCAACAUACAUUUCAAGUCUUAGUCAGGCACUGGCCUAUUGUCAUGGGAAAUGUGUGAUUCACAGAGACAUCAAACCUGAAAACUUGUUGCUCGAUCAUGAGGGAAGGUUGAAAAUCGCUGACUUUGGGUGGUCAGUACAAUCAAGUAACAAGAGGAAAACAAUGUGUGGAACCUUAGAUUACUUAGCACCUGAGAUGGUUGAAAACAAAGAUCAUGAUUAUGCAGUUGAUAACUGGACUUUAGGCAUACUGUGUUACGAGUUUCUCUACGGUAACCCUCCAUUCGAAGCCGAGAAUCAAAAGGAUACAUUCAAGAGAAUUGUUAAGAUCGAUCUGAGUUUUCCUCCUACGCCAAAUGUUUCAGAAGAAGCCAAUAAUCUUAUCAGUCAGCUUCUUGUUAAGGAUCCUUCGAAACGACUCUCUAUUCAGAAGAUCAUGGAACAUCCAUGGAUAGUUAAGAACGCAGAUCCAAAAGGUAUGUGUCUCAAUUGA